AUGGAUACCAGUACAGCCGUUGAAGCCUCCUCUCCAACCUUUUCAUCCUCUUCAUCCUGCUCCUUAGACGAUGAGAUGUACGAUGUAUUCUUGAGCUUUAGAGGUGAAGACACACGCAAGAGCUUCACGGAUCACCUCUACUGGAGGUUAAAACUUGCCAGAGUCGACGUGUUUAUUGACGAGAAUGAAAUAAGAGGAGGAGAAAUUAUACCAGACGAACUCAAGCAAAUAAUCGAGCGGUCCAGGAUCUCUGUCAUCAUCUUCUCAAGGUGGUAUGGGUAUUCCAUAUGGUGUCUUGAGGAGCUGGAGAAGAUCAUGGAGUGUAGAAGAACACUGGGGCAAAUGGUUUUGCCAAUUUUCUACGAUGUUGAUGCUGAAGAUGUCAGGAAACAAACUGGUAGUUUUGCAGAAGCAUUUCAGACACAUGAAGUGCGCUUCCAUGGAAUUAAAGAUAAGGAAGAAAAGAUACAGUCGUGGAGAAAGUCUCUAACUGAAGCUGCGGGUCUGGACGGCCUGGUUUUUAGCAAGAUUAAUGGGUAUGAAGGAGUGUUUAUCAGGAAAAUUAUUGACGAGAUCAAUAGAAAAUUGAAGAGCACAUGCUUAGGCAUAGCCACCAAACAAGUUGGAAUAGAAUCUCGCUUGCAAGAUAUUAGUACUCAUUUAUAUGUUGGAGGAUCAAAUGAUGUUCGCAUAAUUGGAAUUUGGGGUAUGGGCGGAAUGGGUAAAACAACAGUUGCAGAAGCUAUUUUCAACAAAUAUCAUCCUAGUUUUGAUGCUAAAAGUUUCAUUCAAAACAUGAGGGAAAGGAAACUGGUUGAUCUUCAAGAACAACUUCUCUUUGAUAUCUUCAAACUGACCAAGGUAGAGGGAAGUAGUAUGGAUGACAGGAUGUAUGAGAUAAAGAAAAGACUUCCAACAAGAAAGGAAGUAGAAUGUCAUAACAACAAGAAACAAACAUUUGCUAGAGAUAAUUGA